AUGACACUAAUUUAUGGCCAGAUUGACGUUACUGUAAACGCACCCGCAUCCGGUAUAGUCAAACAAUUUUUAGCAAAUGAAGAGGACACGGUCACAGUUGGACAGGACUUGGUUAAGUUGGAGCAGUGUACAGAAAAGCCUGCCCAUCAAGAGAAUAGAACAACAACAAGGUCAGAUACUGUUACGGAGAAACUCCAGCAAACACAAAAGGUCCAAAAGCAUGCAGCACAACAUGAAGAAGCAACAACCACAAAAAGUACAAAAUCAAACCCCCCAACAGAACAUUUCCCUGUGGAGGUCAAAGAGGCCAUAAGUGCUACUCAUGCAAAUAUUGGAAAUCGUGAAGAACGCAGGGUGAAGAUGAAUCGCAUGAGACUCCGUAUUGCAGAACGCCUAAAGCAAUCCCAGAAUACAGCAGCAUCAUUAACCACCUUUAAUGAAGUAGACAUGUCAUCACUCAUGGAGUUGCGCAAAUUAUACAAAGAAGAAGUUCUAAAAAAGACAGGUGCCAAGCUAGGGUUUAUGAGCGCAUUUGCUCGGGCAUGUGUUUUAGCUAUGAAAGAAGUUCCUGCGGUAAAUGCAUCGAUUGAAGGGCAAAAUGGCGGCGACACAAUUGUCUAUAGAGACUAUGUUGAUAUCAGCGUUGCGGUUGCAACUCAGAAAGGCCUUGUGACUCCUGUUGUUCGAAACGUUGAAGGCAUGGAUCUUAUCACGAUCGAAAAAGCCAUUGCAGAUCUGGGCCAAAAGGCUCGUGAUAAUAAAUUAACUAUCGAAGAUAUGGCUGGUGGUACAUUCACCAUCAGCAAUGGGGGUGUUUUUGGAUCCUUGAUGGGAACUCCGAUUAUCAACCUUCCACAAACUGGUGAGGACACGAUAAAACAAUGCAUGAUGUUCCUAGCCUUAACGUAUGAUCACCGACUGCUUGAUGGCCGGGAAGCAGUUACAUUUCUAGUAAAGGUUAAGGAUUACAUUGAAGACCCAAGACGAAUGCUCUUAAUGUAG